CACGUGAGUAAUCGGUCUUUCUACACAGGUUUCCAUGACGGAAUGACUGUUGUGUUGAUGGCGUCGGAUGAUCACUUUUUCUACUGAUGUAACGCUACGUUUUCUAUGAUUAUUACUGAGAGAACGUAAGGCGCGGCCCGGAGGGGAAGCGACCAUCAGAGUCAACACUGGAGAGAGACUCAUGUGCUUCCACACACCUGCUGCCCCACUGCCUGUCAGGUCACACACCUGGACAUCCCUCACUGUCUGCCAGGCUACACACCUGCUGCCUCCCUGCCUGCCAGGUCACACACCUGGACACCCCUCACUGUCUGCCAGGCUACACACCUGCUGCCUCCCUGCCUGCCAGGUCACACACCUGGACACCCCUCACUGUCUGCCUGCCCUUCACAACAACACUCAUCGCAGGAGAAAACCUUCAGGCAGGGCUCGGGUAGUAGAAGAACUUCCAAAAUCCUCUCCAGUUUGCCAUCUUUUUGUACUGCUUGGAAUGAUGACAGAAAAAUAUCUUUUCAACCAAACUGGGACUGUGGAAGAGAUUAUUUGGCCUGGAAAAGCAAUCCUGACAUUCGCUUUACAUAAUGUAGAACAGCGGGUGCUUCUGUGGGUCAAGUGCUUUGUUCAUCAGGGAAAGAAUCUGGAGAAGACAGAUUCAUUUGUAGGAAAACUCAGUGUUGGAGAUUUCCUGAAUUUUGACUGUCAUGUUUAUGAUAAGGCAUCAAGUGAUAACUGCCAGUGGUAUGCAGCUACAGCAUCAAAGGAACCACCACAAAAAUCAAGUUCAAAGACGCCAGUUCCACGGGUCAUGAACCAGAAUGGAUAUAUAUCGGAACUGGAUCCAGGAAAAGGAGUUAUUCUCUUCGAUUUUUAUGAUGAGGAGCAGAGAGUGUUCUUCUUGAGGUCCAAGUUUUACCAUUUUGGUAAGCGACCAGCAAGUAAGCGAAGUCUCAAGGAGUUUCUCAGUGAAAAUGACCCCCUCCAGUUUGAUGCCGAGAUGUGUGAAGCUAACGAGGAAAACUUCAACUGCACAUGGUUUGCCUCGGUUGUCUGGAAAGGCAAGAAGCCUUUAGUAAGUGGUAGCAUUGCACAUACCACUAUGAUGACUGGUGAUGAUGUGACGGCUGAUGACAGCAUCAGCAAUGUUGGUGGUAUCAAUAGAGAGGUUCCUGGUGCUGACGAGUUUCCCUCUCUUGGUCUACCUCCAGGAUUAACCAACAAACAAGGCUACACGGCCUUUGAAGUAAACAGCAAUAUUCGAAAGGGAAAAGGCACCGUUUUAAAACUCUUCAAUGAGGAAUGUGGCAUAGCUUUGUGGAUGAUACACCGCAACACUUGGGAAACAGUUUUUUUUCAUCGAAAGAAUUCUUAUCUUGACAGUGUGUCACUAAGCAGCUUUGAUAUCCAGGAAUCUUACUCAGAAGGCACAUCAUUAGAAAUAUCAGCAGUUCCAGCUAUUCCAGAAUUUCCAUGCCGAUGGAUAGCCCAUAAAGCAGUAGCAAAAUGUUGAGAGUUCUUUCCAGUACACUAAUUGUGCAUCAUGACAAUGAAUACUGCAGUAUUCAUAUGACAAUAAAGUGCGAUGUAGAUGGAAUGAUGAAAGAAGCAAACCAUCAUGUCCCCUAUAUAUAUAUAUUAUAUAUAUAUUAAGAUUACCACUUUGCAUCGGCUGAUGGACCAGGUGCUGCUAUUAUCCCUCUCGGUAGGAAAGUGGGAUCAAAACCAAGUAAGAUAGGUUAUCUUACUUUAUGUAACAGCUGCAAAAAAGCAGCCAUUACAUAAAGGUAGGUUAUUCAUUUUUUUUUAAUUAAAAUAUGGCCAAUGUAUGAUUUAUUUUUAGAAACAUCCAGUAGGUUAGUUGGUACCCCCCUUAGACUUGUUAGUUAAUACCUUAUAUCAUUUUAUGAUUUAUGAUAUAUUUAAAAAUGUUUAAUUUGGUAUUAAGAAUGAGUUUAUUGUAAUGAUAUUGAUGAGUGUUAUAUUUUUCUGCCUAAAUUCUGACUUGAAACACUUGUUAAAACGGAGAGAGAUUACAAAGAUUGAGAAGCAUUUUGUGUAGGACAACAUUCAUAUAAAAAAAUAAUGCAUACUUAAUUUGUAAUGCACUUUUUACAGUAAUUAGAAUUUUUUGGUAAUUGGAAAAUAAACUAUGGUUUGAAAAUGGACAAUAUUUUAUAAAUUAUGGGAGAGGAGAUAAAUACUGUAAUUAUAAAAUGAAAGCACCAAGUCUGGAAGGCUAUAUAGCACUGACAUAAUAUUCAAGUUUUCUAGAUACCAUUCAUCAUGCCAAUACCAGAGCAGAAAGAUACAAGCUGAGCAGUAUCAAAGGGAAGCAGUCUCUUCAAGGACAUUGAGGAACAACUGACUCAAAGAAUCGUGCUGCUUGACUGGAAACACGGGUGAGAAUGAAAAAACUACUUCAGUUAGCUUGAAUCCUGACCUUGUAGAUUAUACAGACGAUGAGUCACAAUAACAUGGCUGAAGAUAUGAAUACCGGACUACACACCUCAAGAUGAGGAGACGACAACGUUUCGGUCUGUCCUGGACCAUUAUCAAAUAGAUUGCCCACAAUCUACUUGAUAAUGAUCCAGGACGGACCAAAACGUCGGUCAUCUCAUCUUUUGGCGUGUGGUUUAGUCCUGUAGAUUAUGUUGAAUUUUUACUCGUAUUUCCACACUUGACAAUAAGGGCAAGAAAAAAUAUAUAUACUGUACCUCAGUUAACAGAAAUCCCAACCUUUUAGGUCACUUUUGUUCUCAUCCAUGUUUCCAUAGUCAAACAAUGUAGACUUGAUUUGAUAAGGAUAGUUAGUUAAAAACACACAUGAAUUUUGUUACCCACUUCAUAUGUCGUGGUAGUUUGAUGGUCAGAAUAAUACUGGGAGUAGGGGGGGGCCUUACCCAUGUACAAGUGACAUGACCUUCAUUGCUGAACCUUCAGCUAUAAAUAUAUAUAUUUGUUGGUUUGCCAAAUGUUUUACUUGUGUUCCCCAUACUAUGUACAGUAUGGUAUGAUAUUCCUGAUGUCUUCAGGGAUAUCACUGAAGACUUCCUGUUGUUGAUAAUGUUGAAGUAAAAUGGGAAAAACUAAGUGAACUAGCUCUUCACCCCAUUGUUGCUAGAAGACAUCUACAUAGAAUGGAACAUAUCCAUAAGAAAAUUAAAAAUUGUAAUAAU